AAGAGGAUGUUGAAAUUGUUCGAUUUAAUCUGUUAUCAGCUCUUGAUAUAGAUGAAGAAAUUGGUUCAAAAGAAGAGGAUGAAGAUAGAGAAAUUGAUGAAUUUACAAUAAAAGUGUUGCAUAAUAUCACUGAUAUUUCAUCUGUGUUGCCCUUAAAGAAAGGAAAAGAAAAUAAAAGAGACAAAUAUGCAACUAAAUUCUUUUCAGGAAGCAAGUAUCCCACUCUUUCGCUAAUAUAUCCUAUCAUUUGUGAAUUACAAAAUAAAUUUAUAGAUAUGAGUUUAGAAUUAAGUAAUAAUGAUGAAGAUAGCAACAAUGAGGAUGAUUUAGAAAAUGAUGACGACACUUAUUUACAAGCCCCUUCACCACCACCUGAUCUUGAUCAAAUAGAAAACUAA